AAAUUUGUUAUAAGCCGCCAAAAAAAGUUAAAGCAUUAGGGGAAGGAAGAAAAAACAAUCUAUGGAUAAUCAUCCGACCGAAGAGCUUGAGAACAUCCCGGAAACUGAUAUCAUCAGUAACUUGCCGAGUCACGUCAUAGAUAAUAUUCUAAUUUUUCUGCCGAUUCAUGAAGCAGUGAGAACCUGUACACUUUCCAAGAAAUGGAGGUUCAGCUGGAUGUAUCUUCCCAAGUUGGUAUUUGAUGAUACUUUCUAUCAGAAAUCAGUAUUACCUUGUGCUCCACAACCUGCUAUUACCACAUUAUUUUUUCUUAAUGUCUUUAGAGUUCUAUUACUUCACCAAGGACCCCUCUUGGAUUUUACUUUUGAUGUUUCAUUGUUAGAAGACUAUCCUGAGAUUGACCACUUGAUGCUUUACCUGAGCAAGAAAGGCGUUCAGCGAAUUUUCUUUGGUUUUGGAAGAAAUUUUACUGAAGACCAAAGGUUUCCAUUGUAUUUGUUCUCGUGUGUGAAUUUGAGGCGCUUGACCUUGUCCGGGUGUUCUUUCACAGUUCCUGCAUUGGCAUUUCAAGGAUUUGUUAAAUUGAUUUUUCUUGAGUUAUGUGAGGUUUGGUUUAAUACCAAUGAAUUUGAAACUUUCAUCUCGAAAUGCCCUUUACUUGAAACACUUUCUAUAAAAUGGUGUAAAAAAAUUCAAAACCUGAAUAUUGACAUUCCUCAUCUUAAGUUCUUUUAUGUCAAGGGUGUGCGUCGCUCGUUUUGUUUUAGAAAACCUUGUCAGCAUCUUUCAAUUGUUAUCUUUGAUGGAUAUAUUCAUGAAGACGAGGCCUCUAAACCAACCGAGUUUUUUGAAUGUCUGCCUGUUGUUGAGCACCUGCGUCUCAGUUUUAACUUUGUGGGGAACUGGCCAAGGAAACUUUCGGUUCCUCUCGACUGUCUUAGAAUUCUUGAGCUGCAUUAUAUAUGUUUGAGGUGUACGACUACGAUCUCUGCUGUUCUUUGCUUGAUUGUGAGCGCUCCUAACUUAGAGAAGCUUGAUAUUAUGGCUCAUUCUUUUAGGAGAUCGGGUAAGCAUCUUGAUCGGGAGCUCUUAGAAGUCCAGGACCUGCUAGAUAAUGCACUGAAAAGGAUUCGAGUGGUGAAGAUGAAGCUCUCAAAUAAAAGAGGACGGAUUUCUGAAUUGAGAUUGAUAAAGUUUCUAUUGGCUGAAUCAGUAGAACUAGAAAAGAUGUUUAUACAGCCUGCCAAAGGAACAGUUGCUAAGCAAGGACUCAAGAUUUUGAAAAAGAUAAUUCGAUUUCGACGCUCAUCAAAGAAGCUAGAAAUUGUAUACUUAGAUCCCUAGGAUGAUGCUAAAGCUGGUAGUAAUGGUAGUGAUGAUAUUGAAGGUUUAGGAUAUUGAUUAGGCCUGAAAAUCAAGUCCUUUUUCAUGUCUUAGUAAAAACAUGGAAUUCAGUUUGCUGUUUUACCCUUGAUUCAUAAUCUUUUGUGCUGUCUGGUUGAUUUAAUCAUAAUUUAUUCUUCGAUCACUUCAAGAUUGGUGGAGCUGUUAAUAGCAGUUCUAAACUCAUAAUGCAUAAGCAUGCAGAUGAUGUCUUAAUGCACAUAAUAGUUGGCUUCAUAG